AUGAUGGACUUUAGCACUAGAAGUAAAAGUAGUACUUUGCAAGAUAACGCACAUAUACGAAGCAAUUCACUAAGAGAUAUAAGAUCAAAUAGCUGUAAUGUCCUGAGAUAUUGUAAUAAUUAUAAACAAGGAUGUAACUGUUGCAGUGGUGAUAACAUGACAUGUGCAAUAUCUUCUUCAGCAAUGGCAUCAUCUGUUAUGUUUUCCUUCGUAUCUAUGACAUCACUUGCCUCUCCUGGAAUUUCGUCAUCUUCACCUUCUAUAGCUGCGUCAUCUCCGCAACCACAAAAUGCUACAGUAAAAAGGACACCUUGCUGUUUAUCUUCUUCGUCUACAAGUUCAUCUUUGAUAAGUUUUAAUUCAAACAAUAAAGGUCAAAAUGGAAAAAGUGGGCGAACUGACUUGAUGGUUACAGGGAAAAGUCAAGCUAGAUUAAGUACUAAUUAUUAUGCAAAUACAUAUCAAAGUAUUCAGCAUAAGAAUCCUCAGAAACAUCUAAUCCAUAGUGAUAAUAGUAAUAGCAAUAUAGUCCUCUAUGAGGACAAGAUUGAAAAUAUUACAGCAAUGCCUGCCUCAUCUUCGAGUUAUUCAAUUGUUUAUAAAAGGUUAUAUGAUAGACUAGGGCCAGUAAUGUUCCCCAUAGUACCGCUAGGAGGUGUGCAACACCCACGAGGUGAAUUAAAGCUAUGGCCUACUACUCAUGACCGUGUGAUAUCCCAGAACUCCUCAAAACGCAAGGUACAUAGAUCACUAUGGAUACCCUCAAUGAAUUCCUUUGGAAGAACUGGUAGUACCAUUGCAUAUCCAAUGGCACUAAAAUUUGUAGAAGAUGGCAAUGCACGAGAUGGUCGAAGCAUCAAGAGAGAAAUUGAAUGUCAUCUAUAUAUAUAUCAAAGGUUAUCUCAGUUACAACAAGAACAGGGUUACAAGCAGUUAGAAGAUGCUUGGCCUUGUGCAGAAUUAGUAGGAUAUUACUUGGAUAAAAAAAACCCCGGAAAUUCAGUUUUAAUGACAAGGAAGCUAUCAGGACCAGAUUUUUUUGAUAUUAUAAGAUCUGAGCAUUCAUCUUCAACCAGUGCAAUAUAUAACAGAUGCCAAGCAUUGUAUGAGUACAAUAAACUCCAGUGGUGUACUUUGGCAUUAACUAGAAUUGCUCAAUAUGCUGCUUUAGGAAUUAGGCACAACGAUAUAAAACCAGAUAACAUUGUAUUAGAUUUUUACUAUCACCAUGAGAACAAUGAAAGACAUCUAGAUGUCAAGAUAAUAGAUUUAGGAACAGCUUCUAUGCAUAGUGCGAAGGAUUUUACUGGUGGAACUUCAUGGUAUGAAAGCCCUGAGCAGAAAAUGCUUGAAUAUUAUACAAAGAAGAGUCGCGAUAUAAAAUCUGCGAAACUUGUAGAAAUUGGCUUGUCUUCUGAUGCUUGGGGAACAGGAAUAUCCAUAGCAGAAGUUUUAAUGGGUAGACGUGUUGUAGAUAGUAUGAAGGUUCCAUACGGUCCAGGCCCCCUUGAAUUUAAAGGAAAAGAUGGCUGGGUUAUAGAACCACGAGAGUGGAUAGAGUUUGCUAAGAUGGCACUAGGAUUUAGUAAUACUGAUCAUUAUAAAUAUACCAUUUGUGAAGAAGCAGCUAAGUUUAUCUUUAGUAAGCUUGUUCAAGUUGACCCCAACAAGCGUGCAUGCAUUAAGGAUGUAAUUCAAGAGAUGGACUUUUAUACACAGAAGGCAUAUAAAGUAGUUAAACUGAAGCAUCAAUAA